UAAUUAGGAGAAUAUAAACUGAAGCCCAAUUAUUUUGAUUGUGGUCGUUAAAACUUUUUAUUUUUAAUGGCGUGAACAUGCUGGCGUCGGUGGUACUUCUGUACUCAACAUGGAUUUUGAAGGGGGUGCAGUCGCAUAUGGAAAGCGAAAUUCAUCCAGUAACAGAUGAAAUGAUACCAGCGUGGCCUGAUGAUGAACCACCAAAGGCUUCGGUACUCUCUGGGCUCAUGUCGGACUCGUUUGCAGAGAUGUUCAAUAUCCUUGAUGGAGACAGUUUUGGAAUAGGUCCCAUGCACGAGUUCGUGUACGGCUGGCAAGCGAUAGUGAACACUAUGAGUAUGAAGAAUAACGUCGAGGUUCGCAAACGCGCGGGUCUCCAGAGAUUCGCCUUAGCUGGUAUCAACGGUAUUUCUCUGAUAUCCCAUAUCGGAGUGACUGAGAUCAUGAUUAACGGUACCAGGACUUACUGCUUUGGAGGUGUCUCCAGGCCGCCUGGCAGACGAAGUGUUAUAUGUAAGGGAGCUACGUACCAAGAAGGGCGGUUCUCAUGUAAAACUCCGUAUUUACGGUACCCUACGGCUUUGGGCUACAUGUACUGUAUUGAUAGAUACGCUGCAGUCAAUUCGCUAGAUGGGACGGAAAAAACAACUUACUGCUCGCGCGGUGAAUCUGUGCCGAAAUUCCACUAUGACUAUAUUUGCGAGCGACGAGAUAUAAAAAUAAAACGAGUCAACCUAACGGAUCCAAACGAGAGGUUCAAUAUACGGAACCCGAUUGUACGAAGGGUAGAGUACUAUCGUGCGCCCAACGAUAUCUUGAAGUAUUGUCCAGAUUGGUACGGAUGCAACCUUAACUUAUCACCAGAUAUGAACUACGCUGUCCCACUAUACUUACUGGACGCAAACGACACCGCAUUUGUUGGCCACGGAGGGAAAUAUUGGCUGGCUCUUUAUAACACACAGCUUUCAACCUAUGCCACAUACUUCCAAGCACACAGUGAAUAUCCCUGGGGUUCCAGCCGCCCCAUCGUUACUUUAGAAAAGGGUGGUAUUUGGGAGCAGCUGUUGAAAGCUAACAUUGGUCCUGAUAUGAACCUGCACUACAAUCUGAAUGGAAUAUACAAUAGAUAUGGAGGAGGAAGCUCCCCAGACCUUAUGAGAAACGACGGACAGGUUCAACCGUCUAAUUUCCGUACGGAGGUAAGAGAUGGAGUGCCUGAAGAUAUGGCAGCUUCUAAUGCAUACCCAAAAUCAGGUCCUAUCCAAGAUCCUGCAGCAUUCCAGUUUGUGCCAGCCGGACCUAAUCAAUGAAAUUUUAUUAAAUAAACCAAUUUAUUAUAA